AUGGCUGCUGGAAAGCAGCGGGACAGCCGGGGGACGCCGCCGGAUGGCGGGUGGUGGGUGAUUGUUGGAUGCUGCUUCAUGGUGACGGUGUGCACACGUGCAGUGACCAGGUGUGUCUCCAUCUUCUUCGUGGAGUUCCAGGCUCACUUCGGGGCCGACUACGCCGCCACCGCCUGGAUCCACAGCCUGCUGGACUGCAGCACCAUGCUGUGUGCUCCCGUCGGCAGCCUGGUGGGGAGCCGCUACUCCGGCCGGGCGGCGGUGGUGGCGGGGGGCCUUCUGGCCUCCUGCGGCCUCCUGCUCAGCUCCUUCGCCACCAGCCUGGAGAUGCUUUACUUCAGCGCCGGGAUCCUGACAGGUCUGGGCUUCGCCCUGUGCUACACCCCCGCCAUCGCCCUGGUGGGCUGUUACUUCCAGCGGAGGAAGGCGCUGGCGUACGGUGUCGCCAUGUCGGGCAGCGGGAUCGGGACCUUCGUGCUGGCUCCGGUGGUGCAGAUGCUCAUCGAGUUGUACUCGUGGAGGGGGGCACUGCUCGUCCUCAGCGCCUUCGUUGCAAACCUGUGCGUCUGUGGAGCGCUGCUCCGACCAAUAGCACUGCAGGAGGAGCAGUGUGGUAGGUGUUCUCAUCAAUCACAUGUUCCCUCAGCGGGCCAAUCAGAAUCAGACUCACCUGUGCGUUCUGGUGCAGGUGACAUCUCACAGAGGAUGUGGCGCCUCCUGUCCUGUGGGGAGUACCGCUUCCUGCUGCUGCCUGACUUUCUGGGUCUGGCCGUGUCCUUCCUGUUUCUGGCCAGCGGCUGCAGCCUCCCCUUCGUUUACCUGGUGCCCUACGCCCUGAGUGCCGGCAUCAGCCACCAGCACGCCGCCUUCCUCAUGUCCAUCCUGGGGGUCAUCGACAUCGUGGGGAACAUCACCUUCGGUUGGCUGACGGACAGAAGGUGUUUGAAGCCGCACCGCCUGGCCUGUUACGUCUUCUCGGUGGGGAUGGAGGGUCUCUGCUGCCUCUUCACGCCAUUACUUUGUUCGUUCCCGCUCCUCGUGCCCUUUGCCAUGCUCUACGGCUACUUCGACGGCGCCUACGUGGCUCUGAUCCCAGUGGUGACGUCUGAUGUGGUCGGAACUACGUAUCUGUCCUCAGCUCUGGGCGUUGUCUACUUCCUCCACGCCAUACCUUACCUGGUCAGCCCGCCCAUUGGAGGCUGGCUGGUUGAUGUUACAGGAAGUUACACAGCCACUUUCCUCCUCAGCGGCGCCGCUCUGCUGGCCAGCGCGGUCAUUCUUUCCGCCGUCACUGGAAUUCGCCAUUGCCGCCAUCGAUCAGAUUCGGUGCUGCUGCAAUCUUCUGAAAACUGUCAUCAGGGAACCCGAGCCCCUCCACCUCAGCCUGUCUGACCAAUCAGGUGGUUUCGUCACCUUCAACAGGAAGGUGUUACCUCACAGCCCUCAGGCUGCGUUCGCUCUGCAGGUCUUGAUGCUCAGUUCAGAUUUUUUGAUCAAAUCUGAUUGUUUUGUCUGCUCGUUCACACUACAAAUAAA